AAAACCAAAAUCAAUAAAUUAUUAUUAUUUUCCGUGGCCGGUAAUCAAAUCCCUAAUAACACCCUCAGUAUAAUUAGACAUCUAAGUACAGACAAUCCGCGUCCACAAGAGCGCUACAAGAAACCAAAGCGCCAGCCCGCCUGCCCGCCGACGAGAGCAUAGAUGGAGAGGAGAGAGGAAGGAAGAAAACCGCCGCCGCAGCCCCCGGCGACGGCCGCCGGAAGGAGGGAGAAACAGUUCAGGGGAGUGAGGAUGAGAAAGUGGGGCAAGUGGGUGGCGGAGAUAAGAGAGCCGAACAAGCGGUCGAGGAUAUGGCUUGGAUCCUACUCGACGCCGGUAGCGGCGGCGAGAGCUUACGACACCGCCGUGUAUCUCCUGAGAGGACGCUCGGCGCGGCUUAACUUCCCGGAGGAGAUCGAGGUGGAGGAGCCGACGGGAGAUUUCGGCGGCGGAAUCACGGCGGCGUCUAUUAGGAAGAAGGCUUCGGAGGUCGGGGCGAGAGUGGACGCUCAGGUGGGCCGCUCUGCAGGCCGGUGUGCUGCCUGCGGCAGCGGCCGCGGCGGUGGCGGUGGCGGCUCCGCCGCCUUCGAGGAUGGAUGGAGGAGAAGAGGAUUUUAUAUCCUUGAAGAAGGGGUUGUGGAGGAGGGGAUCUUCGGAGUUGUUCGCCGGCGACGGGCACGGUGGAGUGCUGAAAAGCGAGAGAACUGCUUCAACGCGGUGGUUCUUAGUUUCCUUUCCUCUGUAAAUUCCUCACCUUUUUCUGUUAAAAGAACGAUUUUUAUUAAUUUAUCAACUCAAUUAUCAUCUCAUGAUGAAAUUCAACGUGUAAUAGAUCUCAUCAAUGCUCCUCAAUGGACCAGUUUAUCAGAUUCACUAGUAAUCUGA